AUGGCGUCCUUGGCCGAACAGCUCCAGAGGAGGCGGGAGGGGCUCAAGGAGGGCCAGACCAUAGUCGUGGACCGGUCUGGCCGCCGCUUCGUGGAAGGACCCGGCGGCGUCCUCGUGCCCGUCACCACCAACUCUCCCGCAGCAGGAUCGCCUGAUGAAGAGGCCUUCUUCAUCGAGGCGCCGCCGCACCCGGAGCUCUAUGAGGUGGGCCAAGGCUCGAAGCUUUUCAUCGGCGCCCAGGAGGCCGCCACCAACCGGGACGGGCUGGCCGCCCACAACGUGCGGCACAUCCUCAACGUCGCCACGGGCAUCCCCAACGCCUUUCCCAAUGACUACACGUACCGGACGGUGGCGAUGAGAGACGACGAGGAAACCCAGCUGCGCCCAAGCCUGGACCAGUGCUUUCAGUUCAUCGAUGAGGCCAUGGCCACCGGCGGUGGCGUGCUCGUCCACUGCAACGCUGGAGUGUCGCGCUCGGCGUCGGUGGUCAUAGCCUACCUCAUGCACAAGCACAAGAUGCCCUUCAAGGACGCUCACGACCGCCUCAAGGCGGCUAAUGCCCGGUGA